AGAGCAGCAGCAUCAUGACAGGACGAGCAGCUUCUCCUCCGCCAUGUAGAUCUCGGCAGACGGCUCUCUUCCUCCUUCCUGCUCCGGAGCCUCCCCGGUGUACCAUGACAUCCCGGCGGCUGUGGGCGGCGGUGUGCCUCCUGCUCGCCUCCUGCCGCCUCACCCAGGCUGCCAGACACGGUUGCUUGUUCGAGAAAAAUCUGUGUCCCAGAGAUCAUCUUUGCAACGACGAUGGUUUGUUUGGACAGUGCCGGGCUCCUCACCAGGAUCCAGUCCAGUAUUUGGUGUCUGUACCUACUUUGCAUAAGCUGCAGGAAGUCCUCAAAGACCUGAUGGUGCAAGGUAUGACCUGGAAGGACGAUGUCACCCAGGCGACGAUUGGCCGAGAGUUGAGUUACAUUCCCACCGUUGGCUCGUCGCAGCUUCAUGAGCGCAAACAGUUGCUCAGUCAGCGAAGACGUCGGCGAGUUGUGGAGUCAGGUGACCCGGAAAUGAUACAGCAGUUCCUACAGUACCUAACCUUUGACCCCUCUCAAUCCUCCAUACACGUGCAGACACCCCUUCUGGAACCAUACCUCUACCACCAGCAGAAGUUUGGCGAUGAAGACGAGACUGAACCAUCCCUCAACUCCUUAGAAGAGAAUCCCAUCUCUCCAUUCCACCGCGUCCUUCCCCGCCCCAGAUCCCAAGGAAAAGCUCUGGACAGAGACCGACAGCUUCUCCAGCACCUGGUGUCCUCUUACCUGUCCUCUCCGUCGUCUUCCUCCUCCUAUGUCCGGGCUGUCUCCCGCCACAGGGGGGCGCCGGGAACAUCUUUAGCGUUGGCCUCGUCCCUCCCGGAGCUUGACUUACCGCUAGACUAUGACGAGGACUACCUCUCACAAGUUAAGCAUCUUAGCAAGGAGCAGCAGCAGCGCAGCAAGUUGAUGCUGAAGUACGAUGCCAGCGCAGGAUUGGAUGCACGUUCUCUACAACGUUUGGCUCUGCUGCUGGACCACUAUGGCCUGGAUGUGAAAGAUCUGUCCCCCGAGCAGAUGGAAAAGCUGCCAGAUGUGCUUAAACAGCUGCAGCAGGAGAGCUCCUUCAGCCAUAAAUCCAUUAAAGAUAACUAUGGAAACAAUGCUGCCACGGGGAAAAAGUUCACAGAAGGUUCCAUGGAGCACAAGAUGGCUACCCCAAACAGUGUACCCAACAUUAGGUCCUCCAAACCAGUAAAAGUGCAAAAGGAGACCAACUCCACCACAAUGAACCAACCGGAGAAUAACAUUCCAAAAGAUCUGCUUGGACCGGCCUUGGCCUAUGGGACCCACUCAAACUCCAGGAACUUGCCAGCCGAAAACACUGCAGAAAAACAGAAUGCAGAUAAGAACUUCCUGGAGCCCGAGGUGGGCCUGAAGGUUGUGCAGAGCAGCGACAGGCAGCCUCAGAGCAGUGAAGGAAAGGCGUCCCUCCUGGCUACUCCUGUCCAACCCGGCUCUCGCUGGCUUUUUGCUACCCUGGUGGCUUCCGCCUGCAUUGGCGGCGUCCUGCUUGCAGCGCUGAGCAUCACUUGCUUGCGUAACCACGCCCACAAGCUGGCGACAAGGAAGCUGGGCCUGGGCACGGAGGCGGGCAGCUUCAACCACCAGGAGUACCAGGACCUGUGUCGCCAGCACAUGGCCUCCAAAGGUGCUUUUGGGCGCCUGGAAGCUGCCGCCCUGGGUGCUGUGGGAGGGGCGAGCGGAGGAGGAGCGUCCGGCGCAGGGCGAGGCGCAGGAGCAGCGGGGGGCAUCGACUCAAGAGUGAGUAGCGUGUCUUCCCAGUUCAGCGACGGAGCCCAGCCCAGUCCGAGCUCCCACAGCAGCACGCCGUCGUGGUGCGAGGAACCGGCGCAGGCCAACAUGGACAUCUCCACCGGUCACAUGAUUUUGGCCUACAUGGAGGACCACCUCAGGAACAAAGAUCGUCUCUUCAAGGAAUGGGAAGCUCUGUGUUCCUACCAGGCGGAGCCCAGCAGCGUGAGCGUGGCUCAGAGUGACCCCAAUGUCAAGAAGAACCGCUUUCACGACUCGCUGCCCUAUGAUCAUGCCAGGGUGAAGCUGAAGGCGGAAACCAACCCCUCUCGGUCUGACUACAUCAACGCCAGCACUAUAAUCGAGCACGACCCUCGCAUGCCGGCCUACAUCGCCACCCAGGGCCCGCUGUCACAUACCAUCUCGGACUUCUGGCAGAUGGUGUGGGAGAGCGGCUGCACGGUGAUCGUCAUGAUGACGGCUCUGGUGGAGGAAGGAGAAAAACAAUGCGACCGCUACUGGCCCGACGAAGGCUCCUCGCUGUACCACAUCUACGAGGUCAACCUGGUGUCCGAGCACAUCUGGUGCAAGGACUUCCUGGUGAGAAGCUUUUACCUGAAGAACGUCCAGACGCAAGAGACUCGGACCCUCACUCAGUUCCACUUCCUGAGCUGGCCGGCUCACGGCAUACCCACCUCCACGCGCCCCCUACUGGACUUCCGCAGGAAGGUGAACAAAUGCUACCGAGGACGCUCCUGCCCCAUCAUCGUCCACUGCAGUAACGGAACAGGCCGGACUGGGACCUACAUCCUGAUUGACAUGGUUCUGAAUCGUAUGGCCAAAGGUGUGAAAGAGAUCGACAUUGCUGCCACACUGGAGCACGUUCGUGACCAGAGGCCUGGAAUGGUCCGCACCAAGGACCAGUUUGAAUUUGCCCUGACUGCUGUUGCCGAGGAGGUCAACGCCAUCAUUAAAGCUCUGCCUCAGUGAAGCUGGACCACACUUAUGCCUGAUGACCUCUGGACUGCCUUUUGCCUUGAAAAUCAACAGUGAUGUCACAACAAUGAAAAUUUAAAAAAAUCUUUCAAACAUUUAAGAUUUGGAAAGGAUUUGCACAAACGUCAUUUACUGAUGUACAAACCCCGUUUCCAUAUGAGUUGGGAAAUUGUGUUAGAUGUAAAUAUAAACAGAAUACAAUGAUUUGCAAAUCCUUUUCAAGCCAUAUUCAGUUGAAUAUGCUACAAAGACAACAUAUUUGAUGUUCAAACUCAUAAACUUUAUUUUUUUUUGCAAAUAAUAAUUAACUUAGAAUUUCAUGGCUGCAACACGUGCCAAAGUAGUUGGGAAAGGGCAUGUUCACCACUGUGUUACAUCACCUUUUCUUUUAACAACACUCAAUAAACGUUUGGGAACUGAGGAAACUAAUUGUUGAAGCUUUGAAAGUGGAAUUCUUUCCCAUUCUUGUUUUAUGUAGAGCUUCAGUCCUUCAACAGUCCGGGGUCUCCGCUGUCGUAUUUUACACUUCAUAAUGAGCCACACAUUUUCCAUGGGAGACAGGUCUGGACUGCAGGCAGGCCUGGAAAGUACCCGCACUCUUUCUUUACAAAGCCACGCUGUUGUAACACUUGUCUAACUGAAAUAAGCAGGGGCGUCCAUGAUAACGUUGCUUGGAUGACAACAUAUGUUGUUCCAAAACCUGUAUGUACCUUUCAGCAUUAAUAGUGCCUUCACAGAUGUGUAAGUUACCCAUGCCUUGGGCACUAAUACACCCCCAUACCAUCACACAUGCUGGCUUUUCAACUUUGCGCCUAUAACAAUCCGAAUGGUUAUUUUCGUCUUUGUUCGAGAGGACACCACAUCUUCUGUUUCCAAAUAUAAUUAGAAAUUUGGACUUGUCAGACCACAGAACACCUUUCCACUUUGCAUCAGUCCAUCGUAGGUGAGCUCGGGCCCAGCAAAGCCGGCGGCAUUUCUGGAUGUUGUUGAUAAAUGGGUUUGGCUUUGCAUAGUAGAGUUUUAACUUGCACUUACAGAUGUAGCAACCAACUGUAGUUACUGACAGUUGUUUUAUGAAGUGUUCCUGAGCCCAUGUGGUGAUAUCCUUUACACACUGAUGUCGUUUUUGCGAUGCAGUACCGCCUGAGGGAUCAAAAGUCUGUAAUAUCAUCGCUUACGUGCAAUAAUUUCACCAGAUUCUCUGAACUUUUUGAUGAUUUUACAGACCGUAGAUGGUAAAAUCCCUAAAUUCCUUGCAAUAGCUCGUUGAGAAAUGUUGUUCUAAAACUGUUUGACAAUUUGCUUACAAAGUGGUGACCCUCGCCCCAUCCUUGUUUGUGAAUUACUUAGCAUUUCAUGGAAGUUGAUUUUAUACCCAAUCAUGGCACCCACCUGUUCCCACCUGAGGGAUGGAAGGUCACGGUCAUUUAAUGUUGGUUUCCUGACAUGCUGCUUACGUGGAGUGAUUUCUCCAGAUUCUCUGAACCUUUUGAUGAUAUUAUGGAGCGUAGAUGUUGAAAUCCCUAAAUUUCUUGCAAUGUCACUUUGAGAAAGGUUGUUCUUAAACUGUUUGACUAUUUGCUCACACAGUUGUGGACAAAGGGGUGUACCUCGCCCCAUCCUUUCCAGUGAAGAUUGAGAAUUUUUUGGGAAGCUGUUUUCAUAGCCAAUCAUGGCACCCACCUGUUCCCAAUUAGCUUGCACACCUGUGGGAUGUUCCAAAUAAGUGUUUGAUGAGCAUUCCUCAACUUUAUCUGUAUUUAUUGCCACCUUUCCCAACUUCUUUGUCACAUGUUGCUGGCAUCAAAUUCUAAAGUUAAUGAUUAUUUGCACAAAAAAAAAGUUUAUGAGUUUGAACAUCAAAUAUGUUGUCUUUGUAGCAUAUUCAACUGAAUAUGGCUUGAAAAGGAUUUGCAAAUCAUUGUAUUCUGUUUAUAUUUACAUCUAACACAAUUUCCCAACUCAUAUGGAAACGGGGUUUGUAUUGGUUUUGUGGGAUAACAACUGCUGUAACACAUUACAUUUUCAUUGUAGAAUGCUAAAUUAGUUCCGUCCCUAACUUCCUGUCAUCUGGUAGCAUUUAAAUGAAAAAUGAGGUUUGACUUGUACCUGUGCAAAUCCAUUCUAAAGAUACUGUGGCGGUUUUCUUGGGGGAACUUGAAGCAGAUACAUUUCAGCUUGUGCUCGUGUGGUUUGUCGUUAAUUGUGCUGCUAAAUAAAUACACGUGGUUUUGUCUCAGGAAGUUUGAGUCAAAGCUUGAAAAAGGACUUCUACUUCAUCCUAUACAGUGAAGUUAAGGUCAGAUAUUGGUGGUGAUCUCCUGCUGGCGGUUAACUUCCCUCACAUGACUAACAUCUGCAAAAAAAGAAAAUGUCCUAUGUGUGCCAUUAAGAUGUUUUUAUGUCACUGGUAUUGUCAUGUAUCUUACGCAACUUCUAAAAUGAAAAAAAAAAAUGGAAGAAAUAUUCAAUGAGAAACAACUAUUUUGUAACUGUGAAAUUAUAAAUAAAUAUUUUCGUGUUUCAGUACUGCAA